AUGUCGCCUUCAUCACAGCAGCAACCUGCUCCGGCUUACGCCCCUGAAGACGACAUCAACGUCGAUGAGAAGGCGUCGGGCAACAGCUCGCCAAGUCCCGACCAGCCUCGAGGCACAACAGGUGCGGUAACCGUUGAAGGCUACGUCUCUGACAGUCAGAGGCGAGCCCAAGCUGGCUACUACGCCUUCCGAUGGAGCUCCCUCUACCAGCCGGCCGUCGUCAACCCUAUCAAUGGCAAGUCGCACACCUUCCCCAUCCUUCGCUUCUGGGACACCUACUCAACUCAGUUCUGGCUCGCGACGCUGGGCUUCUUCGUCGCCUUCUUCGGCUGGUUCGCCGCGGCCGCUCUCAUGACCGAGGCAAUCAAGGUCGACCUCAAGCUUACGCCCGCCCAAGUGGCCGACUCCAACUUGGCCUCUCUCGGAGGCACCGCCUUUGUUCGCGUCAUCGCCGGAUACGCUAUUGAUCGCUACGGCCCGCGCAAGGUCAUGGCCAUCCUGCUUUGCAUGGGCGCCAUCCCUACCGCGCUCAUGCCCGUCGUCCACCACUUGCCCUCCCUCAAGGCGAUCCGCUUCUUCAUCUCAAUCCUUGGUGGAACUUUCGUGCCUUGUCAGUCGUGGACUACAACCUUCUUUGAUAAGAACAUUGUCGGUACGGCCAAUGCUUUCUCCGGAGGUUGGGGAAACAUGGGUGGCGGAGUGACACCUGCUGUCAUGAUCGGCCUCUACGAGCGCCUCCGCAAAUCGGGCUACACGCAAGGGAUGGCCUGGCGCCUCUCCUUCGUCGUCCUUCCCGUCCCUCUGCUCUUCGUCACCGCCGCCGUCAUCAUGAUCUUUGGCAAGGAUCACCCGGCCGGCAAAUGGUCACAGCGCCACCAGCUUGCAGGCACGGCUUACGAGGUCGCUGCUGGCCGCGCUGUACACCUCGACCACAAUGAGGUCCAAGAGCAGGAGCGUAUGCGCAACCAGGCCGGUGGCGAGAAUGGCGGCAGCAACGAGAAGAUGCUUACCUCAGCGGCACCAGUCAAGGGCUCCGACUUCUCUGAGCUGCAGCCUGGUCAAAAGUACGAUCAGGUCGACACGGCAGUCAGCGAGCCGCUCACGCCGCGGGUGGCAGUUCAAGUGCUGACCGACUUGCGCGUCUGGCUCUGCGCCGUCUCGUACCUCCUCUCCUUUGGUUUGGAGACAGCAAUGGAUGCUGCCCUGCCGCAACUCCUCUUCGGUCUCUUCGGCGGCCCUACUUUUACUGCAGAAGACGCCGCCUUCGCGGCCGCAACGUACGGUCUGCUCAAUCUCAUCUUCCGGCCUGCCGGCGGCGUCUUCGCUGACAUGCUGUACAGCAAGUACAAGCCUCUCGGAUACGGUCUGCGCGCCAAAGUGAUGCUCAUGAUCGUGACCAACAUCAUGCAAGGCCUACUCAUGGUAGGAUUGGGCAUGUACGUCAACCACUCAUCCCACCAGUCCAUCGGCGGCGUCAUAGGCUUCAUCGUCGGCAUCGCGGCCACGGGUUUCGUGGCCAACGCAGGCGCCUACUCCGUCUACUCUCACCUGCGUCCACGCAACAUCGGUUUCGUGGCUGGCCUUGUAGGAUCAGGCGGAGCAGUCGGCGGUCUGUGCUACACAGGCUUGUUCAAGACCCAGCCGGGUACCAAGGCCGCUCGCACGCUGGGCAACAAGUUCUGGAUCGCUGGCGUGGUAAACAUUGCUGGGAUCCUCCUCUUUUCCUGGGUACCGAUGGGUGAUGCUGCAUGA